AAAGACUGACCGGAAGCCUUGCAGUUUACUUCUGGCGGAACACUAGCUUGAACUAGCUAAAAGCUAACUACACCGCAGUCCUCCCUGUGAUCGAGCCGCACUGCUGUUAAAACUAAGUCGUCUGUUUAAAAGUGUCGACAUUCGUCUUGCUGGUGAAGAGUCUGUCUUUCAAACAGGUUGACUCUCCCGGUCGGCUUGAUCACUCUGUGUGUCACCUUGGCUGUGGUCCUCAGUUUCUCUUGUGUGUGGAUGAUACCGGCUCUGAGCCAGUCCUCUGUAGAUGAAGAUGUCCCUGGCCCAGCGAGUGCUCCUCUCCUGGAUCUUCGCACUGAUUUUCCUCAUCAUGCUGGUCCUCAAGCUGGACUCUAAGAUCCACUGGAACUGGUUUCUCAUUUUCCUCCCUGUCUGGACCUUUGACACCAUCCUCAUCCUCAUGCUGAUAGUGAAGAUGGUGGGGCGGUGCAAGCCGGACUUUGACCCCAGGGAUGGCGAGCAGAGCCUUAAGAGGAGGUUGUGGUACAUGACAGCCCUGCUGCUGAAGCUGGCCUUCUGUCUGACACUGUGCUCCCACCUGGAGAAGCUCUUUGAAAUGUGGGUCAGUGUGGUGUGUGUCCCCCUGUGGGUGCUGCUGGGUGGGGCGCUGGUGGAGCUGGGACACAGUGUUUUCCACUACAGGAGGGACUGAACCUAGGGACGGUGCAAUAAAUGGUUUUGAAAUGUUAUAUAGGGGACAAGUACAUUUUACACUCGAGCACCUCUCGCUUGGUAUGCACAAUCUGUUCCAUUGGAACCAGGGCUGAUGCUGACCUAAUUAAGUGGCUGUGGUUUCUUUGUCAAUGUCAUAAAAGUAACUGUUUCUGCUAUAAGUUACAUUUAAGUUACAGCAGGUUGAGGGCUCAAUGAGUUCUGCAGUGUGGUUUACAGGUUUUAUAUAUGGGGGUAAAGAGCACUAAUAUCAGAUGUGAAAUCUGUACCUGGAAAGUUGGAGAUGUCAUUCUGCAGUACCAUUGGAUCUUCGUUCAAAAGGGAGAGUUUACGUACGCACGGUUUGGCAUCACUGAAUAAAUCCAGCCUUCACAUUG